CUUUAGGUCUUCUCUUGUGAAACCAUUUCUUCCGCCAUUAUAGCUCCAUUUACAAUUUCACACAAUCAGGUUUCCAUUUUUUGUGUAUCUUUUCUUCUUGGAUCUGUACCCGCAGAUUGAGUAUAUUUUGAUUCGAAUUUGUAUAGUAUUUUAUUUUCUGCUUAUAAGAACUCCAUUUAAUUGCUUCUGUGUACCAAUAUUGUUCCCUAGCGUUUGGCUACAUUGUUGAUUUUGUAUCAUUGAGGUUAUGCGAGGAAGAAUUUGGAUUGGGGUUUUCUUUGUUUUGUAUUUUUGGACAUUUGAAUUGAUAGUUUUGUGUUAGUAGAUUGAAUUUCUGGGUAAUUGUGAAUGAAAAGCAUAGAAGAGGAAGCAAUUAAAAUUUUUAUGAAAGAGAGAAUUCUGAGAGGAAGAAUAUAGGAGGAGGAUUUUUUUUAAAAGGGAAGAAGGAUGUCAAGCUCGGCGGAAUCGCCGAGUUCUUCAUCAGAUCAGUCCCCUCCUGUAUUGGAUGGCUCAAACUCACCUCCAUCUCCACCUUCAUCGGAUGGCCUAGGUCAGAAACAAGCAGAAUCUCCAUCAAAGUCACCCCCUGCACCAUCUGGUGCAUCGUCUUCACCACCACCAGACUCUUCCCCUCCUCCUUCGCCACCAACAUCGCCUCCUCCUUCGAAUUCUCAGUCUCCUCCACCUUCUGGAUCCUCCAGCUCAAACUCCACAACCUCCUCUCCUCCUCCUCAUUCACCGCCCCUUAUUGCCUCACCACCACCACCAUCACCUUCUUCAUUAAAUUUGAAUCCUUCUACAGCAACUCCACCGCCUACAUCAUCAACUUCCCUCACUCCUUCUCCUCCUCCUCAAACCCCUACAAACAAGUCACCACCACCUCCAUCUGGCCAAUUUAUUCCACCACCGACUCCUUCAGAGGGAUCAUCAUCGGCCCCAGCACCCUCGGUUGGAGGUGGUACCUUACCUAGUUCUGGAAACCUACAACCACCUCCAUCGUCAGGCUCCACAUCUCCUCCAUCUCCUGUAGUUGAAAACUCAACACCCACGUCACCUGGGUCAAAUGUUACUACAUUGACUACAAACUCCCCUCCAACAGAAUCUGGACGAAGCAGUUCUCAAGGAUCAUCCAAUUCUUCUUCCCCUGCUUCCUCCAGCUCAAAAACAGGCAACUCUGAUUCACGUGGCUCGAGCCCAACGCAAGAUUCCAAUGGGGGCAAGCAUGAAAGUAUUGUGGUUGGUGCUACAGUGGCAAGUGUCUUUGUCAUUGCAUUAAUUGCCAUCUUCUUUGUUGUGUCAAGGCGAAAGAAUAAAUGGAAGGCCUAUGCUCCCCCUUACAUGCCACCCCCUAACUUUACUGGGAAAGCAGGUGGAUCCUACCAUGUACCUCCUCACACCAUGGGGCAUUCUGGACUUACAGAUCCCUACUAUUAUUCACAAGGGCCACCUUCUACUACAGGAAAUAGCUUUGGGAGUCAAAGAAACAGCACGUAUCAAGGAGAAAUAGCAGACUCAGGUGGUGUUUUCAGUAAUAAAGCAAAUUUCAGCUAUGAAGAGGUGAUGGAAAUAACUAAUGGAUUUUCUCGUCAAAACAUUAUCGGUGAGGGUGGGUUUGGAUGUGUUUUUAAGGGGAGGAUGUCAGGUGGGAAAGUGGUUGCUGUGAAGCAGCUCAAGGCAGGUAGUGGACAGGGUGAGCGAGAGUUCCGGGCUGAAGUAGACAUAAUUAGUCGUGUGCAUCAUCGACAUUUAGUCUCUUUGGUGGGAUAUUGCAUCGCUGAGAACAAUCGCUUGCUUAUCUAUGAAUUCGUUCCAAAUAACACUCUUGAGCAUCAUUUGCAUGCUAAAGGACUCCCAGUGUUGGAUUGGCCUAAAAGAGUCAAGAUUGCUCUAGGAUCUGCAAAGGGCUUGGCAUAUCUUCAUGAAGAUUGUCACCCAAAAAUCAUUCACAGAGACAUUAAGUCGGCAAACAUUUUGUUGGAUGAUGAUUUUGAAGCACUGGUUGCAGACUUUGGACUUGCCCGACUAAAUGAUACUACUCAGACCCAUGUAUCAACCCGGGUGAUGGGAACAUUUGGGUACCUGGCACCAGAAUAUGCAUCAAGUGGAAAAUUAACAGAUAGAUCUGAUGUCUUUUCUUUUGGAGUUGUGCUUCUAGAGCUUAUAACAGGGCGGAAGCCAGUUGAUCCGUCUCAGCCUUUUGGAGAUGAGAGUUUAGUUGAAUGGGCUCGUCCGAUUCUCAUACGUGCCCUUGAAACUGGUAAUCCCAGUGAGCUUGUUGAUCCACGGCUUGAAAAACAUUAUGUUGAGCGUGAAAUGUUAACAAUGAUCGAGACUGCAGCUGCCUGUGUUCGCCAUUCUGCUCCGAAGAGGCCCCGCAUGGUGCAGGUUGUUAGGGCGUUGGACAGCGAAGGAGAAAUGUCCGAUCUCACUAAUGGGGUGAAAUAUGGUCAGAGCACGGUGUAUGAUUCUGGGCAGUACAGUCAAGAUAUCAUGAAAUUCAGAAUGAUGGCACUUGGCAGUGAUGACAGCACAGAUUAUAGCACAUACAGUGGAGACUAUACAUCUAAAGAAGUAUCUCAUGGACCCCCAAUGUCAUGGAAGUCUGAGAAUACUUCUGGUGAGUAUACAAACGGGUCAGAAACUCGACUGAUAAACUCUGACAGGGGUGCUCAGAGAUAUAGUGGGUCCCAAAGAAACUAUGGCAGCCGUCAAUUUGGCUAAAAGUGAUACUCAUAGGAUGCUCUCUGGAUAGAUUUGUUUUCAUCUUUUCUUGCACAAGGAAGGCUGCAGAAUAGCAGAAGACCAUAUAUGAAGAAAUGCCUCAACUUUCUCUAGCAUAAUAUCCUGUGAAUCAUUCUUUUUUCCUUCUUUUUGAUAUAAAGGUGCAUUCUUUUUCCCUCAAAUGAGCAACUCUGACUACCGAAGAAACUUGUAAAGUGAGAGUUUUACACAACAAUUUUAUUUUUAUCGUUAUAGUUUCUUGUGACCUUAAUAUCAACAAUCAUAUUUUAUUGACGCGGAAGCUGGAAGCA